AGAGUGUAAAAUCCCAAAAACAAUUAUGGUUCCUAAUAGAAGUUAAGUCUGAAAAUAGUGAUAGCCAACAUAUCUGUUUGCUCGUUGAAGGGAACACCAUGCAUCAUUAGACAACUCCAACAUUACAUAAGACAACCUUGUCUCACAUCAAUAACAGACUUUUUUCUUCUUUUUUUUCUUGUCACUUAAUUAUCAUUACUCUAUUGGGGACAUCAAGACAGUCAACAAAGCAGUACUUCUCAAUUCAAAAUAGAGGUGCUCUUCCACUAUUUUUUAAUCAGCACAUUGCAUUAUUCUAAAACAUGGAAUAAUACUUCUUUCUCAAUAAACUUUAGCUGAUACAUUAUCUGGCCAAGGGUGGAUCUGAUCUGUACCAAUACACAAAUACCAAUGGUUUCGUUGACGACACUACCUUGUGAGUACUGUACUUUUGCUACUAAAAUAGAUGUAUCCACUACAUGAAAGCUUCCCUUUCUGGCAAAACUGAACUGUAAAAAGUGAGCAGUGAAGCACUCAGGAAUUAAGUCAACCAAGAAGACCAACCAGUUGAAUCUUGGGUUCUCACCAAAGGCGUUUGAGAUCGCAAAAGCUCAGAUUCUGUGAAAAGUAAUGGAACCUGCCAGGAGGUUUCUCGCUUCUUUAUGGAACUUCGUAUGCUUCUUGCCUUAUUUCAUUGGCCUUCUCAUCCUUGGCUCCAUUAAAGGUUCCAUUUUGUGCCCAUUUAUCCUCCUUAUAGUCACCAUUGGAAACUCUGCCAUAAUUUUGGGUCUUUGGCCAUUACAACUGUUCUAUACAUAUUACUGUCUAUUGAGAGCAAAACAAUUUGGUCCAGUUUUGAAACUUGUGUUGUGCAUAUGCAUCCUUGUUAUUUUAUUUUUGUAUCCAUUGAUUGGAUUCGCCAGCAGCGUUGUUGGUGGCGCUGCUUAUGGUUUUCUCGCGCCAAUGUUUGCUACUUUCCGAGCUGUGGGUGGAGGGAAGACUAAUGCCUUUUUUCACAUCAUAUAUGACGGAACUUGGGACACGGUGAAAAGGAGCAUUACUAUCGUUAGGGAUGUGAGGGAUGUUUGUUACCACUCCUACUUGUCAAUCAUGGAUGAUUUGUUGAUUCAAGAGCCUCCUAGUGCAAAAUACUAUGAGAUCAGGCUGCUUUAUAUUCCUGGAGCAGUAAUAGCUGGGGCAGUGGGAGUGUUAGUAGACACGGUGAUGAUCAUAGUAAUUGCGACUUGCAAAUUCCCUUACAUGCUUUUUAAGGGGUGGAGUCGUUUGUUUCACGACUGUAUUGGUGGACAAGGCCCCUUUUUAGAGACAAUCUGUGUGCCGUUUGCCGGUCUUGCUAUCUUACUCUGGCCAUUGGCUGUUGUUGGGGCACUCCUUGGCUCAAUGUUAUCAAGUAUAUUCCUUGGUGCUUAUGCAGGAGUUAUCGUGUAUCAGGAAGAAUCGUUUUGGUUGGGACUUUGCUAUAUUGUUGCUUCCUUGUCCAUAUAUGACGAAUAUAGCAAUGAUGUUCUUGACAUGCCAGAAGGGUCCUGCUUUCCUAGGCCACAGUACCGAAAGAAGACUAUGUCAAGGGCCAGCUCUCGUUCAGCUUCUCUUUCCAGGCCAAACUCUUCCAGGAAAAGUACAAACUCCAUCAGUGCUCCUAUGCUCGAGUUGAAGCCCCUCGAGCUUGCUGAUGGCUUCUUCGAGGACUGUCGUAAUUAUGGGGAAAUCAUGGUAUCAAAAGAUGUAAUUACACUAAAAGACAUUGAAGAUGCAAAGUCUAAUAAAGAUUGUGGUCAGGUCAUUACCAUUGGUUUACCCGCCUAUUGCAUCCUUCAGACCCUUAUACGAUCUGCCAAAGCAAACAGUACAGGUCUUUUGCUAACUGACAAUGUUACCGAAAUAACUAGUACAAACAGGCCCGCAGAUGCCUUCUACGAAUGGUUUCUCAAUCCGGUCUUGAUCAUCAAAGACCAGAUUAGAGCUGAAAAUCUUUCUGAAAGUGAAGAGGAAUACAUUGGCAAAUUGGUUCUGUUAAGUGGUGAUCCUGAGAGGUUGAAGAACUCAAAUAUCGGAUCACCACCAGAAUCUGAUCUGAGGCGAGCGGAGUUUUAUGCAUUAGCUCGAAGGCUUCGAGGCAUUACCAAAUCGAUAUCUAGGUAUCCAACAUUUAGACGCCGUUUUGAUGGUAGCAUCAGGAUUAUUUUAGAAGAGCUGGCCAAGAAGAAUGGUCAUAGCAGAAAAUCGGAAGAUUUAGAACCUCUUAACCUUUCCAGGUCAAAAAGCAUGUUUGCUCGUGUGUUUGGCCAGAAAUCUGUCAGGAACAGAACAAACAAGAAUGAAUUUGAUCAAGUGGCUUAGCCAGUAGCUAUUUAGUUACAUUUACCAUAAUUAUAUAUCGCCUCAGUUUCAUUAUUAUUUCCUUGUUAUCUUGAUGGGAUUUGAUUGAAAAUAUCAGUUAUGAACAGAAAAGGAUGUUUUUUCU